AUGCGCACAAUUCUAUUGUUAACCUUGCUACUGAUACUCUCCUGCAUCUGUACAUGUGCAGCAGCAGCAGAGAGGAUGCCACUGCCGGUGCCACGUGUGGGUGGAUACGCUACAGAGGCGAAGGGAACAGGAGAACGGGGUGACCCUGUGAAAAUCUCAUCAGUUGAUGACCCAGAAACAGAUAUUCACAAUCCUAAACAUCCACACCAUUUGGGUAACGGUGAAUUCACUACUACUACACCAUCCCUCAGUAUGAGUGAGUCCAUGAUUGCCUCUGCCCCAACACCACCAGAUGGCCAACAACAAGAAUCAGCAGGAGAUCAACAGGCCGCCCCUACUGAGGAGUCGACUACGACGAGCACCGCAGCACCGAAGAAGAAGAAGAAGGAC